AUGCUUUUUUACAGGUGGUGGGUGUUAUCGCUGCAGAGCCGCUGACAAAUCAUCUUCUUUUUGAGUCUUGAGUUAGGGUGAGAAUUCACCAACAAACAUAAACCUUGUGUGUUCAGAGCCUUAAACCUUUUUUGUCAAGUGCAAAGGGAUAAUCUGGGUGUUUUGGUCACGAUAUGACAUCUAAGGACUUUGUUUGUAGCUGCAGGGAGAGGAGAUUUUGUUGAAUUUCUUAGGGAAUUAGAUUACAGAUGAGGAGAUUACCCCCGUUCUGGGCUUGAUUAAGGAGAGUAAAAGACUGUUUAUCUGAGUGACAUGUCCACUCUUCAUUAACUCCAGCUGUUGUGGCAGAUUAGCAGAUCUUUUAACUACCCAUUAGAGGCCUUUUCAACCUUUGCAGCUCCUGCUGCCUAUUUCCUGUCGAAUUAACAACACUCUAAAAACUCUCCACCCCUGAAGUGAGAUUAUGAACUGUGAGGACAUGUUGAAGAAUAUGAUCUUGAAGCCUUCCUCUUGUCUUUUGAAGUAAUGCCUACGUUUUCUCCCUUUCUCUCAGCCCUCCUCUCCCCAUAGCUCCUCCUGCGUGCCGCUAAAAGCUGAAAGAGUUAAGAAGAUUUGGCAGCUCCACGGCAGCGAGCCAGCCGGUGAGGGAGAGAGAGAGAGGGAACUGGCUUCCGGUGGCCAGAGGCAGGCGGCUCACUUGCCUGGGAUUAAGUGGGAUCGGGAGAGAUUACAGCCCUCCCUCUCUCUCUCUCUCCCUCUCCCUCUCUCUAUCCCGUAGCUCGAUGAAAGCGUAGUGCUCCGUCCAGUGUCCUGGGAAUAUUUUCCCAUCAUAUAGACAUUUUCCUGCACCCGUAACGGUGCUGAAACCUGCAGGAGCUGGAGGAUAAAAGCUUGUGGUGUCUAUAAGGACUUGGUCGUAGAGGUUGUUUCCAGUCCUGGUAAACGGUCAGCGAGUGGUCGGGGUCAGAGGUCGGGAGUCCAGUGACCAUGAGGCAGGCGGUGGAGGCUCAGGUGUUAAACCCCCACUGUGAACUUGGAGAACAUGGUCUGCGUCAGAUCCUGACAGAUGUGAUUGAGGAGGUGAGACAGUCAGUAAAUCAGGACAUUGAUGGAGCAGAGAUUCUCCACAGUUUGUUGAACGCCUCCUGGCUGCAGUCGCUGCUCAAGGUUUAUGAGUGUCUCCAGAGGCAUCUGAGAGACUCUCCAGCUCCGGCUCUGGACUAUGCUUCAGGACUCUCACUUCAGGUGCUGAUCGACAUCAGGGCGUUACCAGGCUGCUCUGAAGAGGCCAAGGAGCUCUACCGUCUCCUGCGGCAGCCUCACAUGCAGGCUCUGCUCUCAGCUCAUGAUACGGUGGCCCAGAGGGACUUUGAGCCAGUCCUGCCACCGAUGCCCGAAGACCUGCCGGACGAUGAGGAGGCCACCAGGAUCGUCUGCCUGGUCAAAAACAAACAGCCUCUGGGAGCAACUAUAAAGAGAAAUGAGAUCACAGGAGAGAUUUUCAUUGCUCGGGUGAUUCAUGGCGGGCUGGCUGAUCGAAGUGGUCUGCUCCAUGCAGGGGACAGGAUCAUAGAGGUGAAUGGUUUUCCGGUGGACGGGAUGGAGCCUGAGCAAGUUAUCCAAGUUGUGGCGAGGUCGCAGGGCACCAUCAUGUUUAAGGUUGUUCCCAUCACAGAAAGGCCGGUCCACAACCAGACGAUGCUCUAUGUUCGGGCCAUGGCCGACUACAGCCCUCAGCAGGACCCGGCCAUCCCCUGCGCCGACGCUGGUAUGAGCUUCAGAAAAGGCGACGUCCUGGAGAUCGUGGACCAGACGGACGCCCUCUGGUGGCAGGCUAAGAAACUGCCCAGCAACACGUCCUGCGCCGGCCUCAUCCCGUCCACCAACCUGCUCAAACGGAAGCAGAGGGAGUUCUGGUGGUCUCAGCCUUAUCAACCACAUGCCUGCAUCCAGACCUUGAGCACUGUAGAAGAAGAAGAAGACCUGAUGGCCCUCGAUGAGAAAUGUGUCGAAGCAGAUGAGGAGGCAUUUGAAUCUGAGGAGCUCAGAGAGGACGAGGAUGACUUCAGCAGCAACAUUGAAGGGAUUUACUUAGUGGGCUUCAGGCGCAGCAUGCGUCUGUGCAGGCGCCGGUUUCACAGCACCACCCAGCCGUCCUGCCACACCCGCUGCCCCAGCAGCUGCUACAGCGCCCUCAACAGCCCCUACGAGGAGGUGGUGCGCUACCAGCGCCACCCACAGGACACACACCGCCUCAUCGCCCUCAUAGGUCCAUCUGGUGUGGGUGUGAAUGAACUUCGGAGGCGCUUGAUUGAGAUGAACCCCAACCUCUUCCAGGGAGCUUUACCUCACACCACAAGAGCACCCAAAGCAUACGAGGAGUCUGGAAGAGAAUAUUUCUUCACCAGCCGAGAAAUCUUCGACAACAUGGUUUAUAACAACAGGUUUCUAGAGUACGGCGAGUAUAAAGGGAAUCUGUACGGCACCAGCAUUGACUCUGUGAAGGACGUGUUAAACAGCGGGAGGAUAUGUGUCAUUGACAUCGAGCCAAACGCCAUUCAGGCAGUGAGGACCCACGAACUGAGGGCCUACAUCAUUUAUGUGAAGCCUCCGUCUGUGGAGCGCCUCAGGGAGACCAGACAGGACUCAUACAUCACCACCAACUACUACGUCAACCGGCCGUUUAAAAAUGAAGACUUCCAGGAGAUGGAAGAAUCAGCCCGAAAGAUCGAGUCCCACUUCUGGCAGUUCUUUGACCACGUGAUUGUUAACGAUGAGCUGCAGGACUCCUGCGUCCAGCUGCUGACGGCGGUGAGGAAGGCACAGGACGAGCCGCAGUGGGUCCCCGCCAGCUGGAUACGACCCACGUCUGAGUCGUAAAAGAGAAGACAGAGGAGGAAACAAGGGGACGAAAGAUGUGACCCCUUUUUAUUAUGGCAGCAAAUUUUGGAGACUGAAAGUUUGGAAUAUCAUCUCGAAAAGCUUUACAUUGCUGUCAGUUUGUUUUAUGUCUAACACUACAUGUUUUAGGGGAGUAGGGCAUGAAAACAAAUCCAAACAUUUUGAUCUUGGUGUUUCUGGUGCGCUUGAUCUGGUUCUUAAGCCAUUUCAAAUCCCCAAACACAAGAUGAAGCUGGACUCAAGCCCAAAGAAGUCCCUGAAUCUCAGUCAGCUUGCUUUUUUCUUUUACCUAGCAGUAAGACUAACUGUUUUUAGAUGGUUACAAUAUCUCUACAAUCAGGGGCCCCUUCUUCUAAUGUGUUAUUGGAGCUACGGGAUGUUUAAAUUAUUAUGGUGAGAGAGCUCCUUAAAAAGGUUGUUUCCUGUCUUGCAUGCAGCUUUAAUCUGAACAAAACAGGUUAAUUUCUUGCCCUGCUCCCCACCCUUGCAACACAGACCUGCAAUAAAGAAUAUGAUCUUUUUCCAAUCGAUGUUUACAAACUAGAAAGCAAAACUGUUGGGGUUUUUUUUUUCAAUCUUGUUCAGUGUUUUGUUUUGUUUUUUGUCAUUGCUAACAUUUCUUUGUGUUUUCCUAUAGUUUUAACGUGUGUCAUUGCAUGCCAAAAAGUUUAAGAUUAACAAAAUGCUGUAUUUGGCAAACUCUCACAAAAAAUACACUUUGUGUCCUUAUUUCAAAAACCAUGUUUUUCAGGGUGAAAUGCAACAAAAGUGCAAGCAGAGCAAUGGCAUGUUAAUAUUUGUACAUGUUUGUGAUGUUAAUAAACUAAUUCUGAUAGUAA